AUGGCUGCGCCGUUGGGUGCGCCGUUGGGUGUGGUGAGGGUUGUCCUGAGUGCGAGGACGGACCUCGUGGCAGGAACAACGGAACAAGCGGAACAAUGUAUUGGUACAAACUUCUUGACCAUCUCUGUGCAUAUCUGCAAGUACCAUGCCACUUUCAAAGGCGUCGUCCUGUCGUCCCCAACGGCUUGGAUGACCCCUUACUUGCUGUCUGUAGGUAUUUCGACCCUGCAGCCCUACCGCCUCACCCGCGAUCAUCAGUUCGUUUGUUUGUACGGAGUACAGCUAGUUGACGAUCAGUUGACCGACGAACCACACGGUGUGGAGGAUGACGGGAGCAUGAUGGUCCUCCUCUCUUUGCUCGGUCCAUCCUGCAGAUGCGCUGUGAAGUUUCAACUGUGA